AUGUCGCUGUGCAAAAGCUACGGAAAGGAUAAGGUUAUAUUUGCAACCAAGGAGGAUCAUGCCACCCCGAGUAACGUGGAGCUACCGGAAUCGGAACCACGUCCCGGCUUGAUAUUGGAAAAUGGAGAUAUCAACUGGAACUGUCCAUGCCUCGGUGGAAUGGCCAUCGGACCAUGUGGCAACGAGUUUCGAGAGGCAUUUUCCUGUUUCCAUUACAGCCAAGCCCAACCAAAGGGAUCAGACUGCUACGAAGCGUUUAGCACGAUGAACGAGUGCAUGCGUAAUUAUCCUGGUGUGUACAAACAAAACCUGAACGAGGAAGAAGACGAUGAGAAUGGGGCCGGUGUGGCAAGCAUGAUAGCAGACGAAGGCGAGGAGGAAGAUGAUGUCGAUAACGCGCCUGUAAAACCGGAAAGCGAGUCGAAAACAGUAGCCACAAAAGCUAACUAAUUUGUAUUAGAAACUUAAAAAUAUACGCAUGUAGUGCGACAGUUAUGUGAAAAAUGAUUUAAAUUCAUUGCAAUCGUAGAGAGAAUUAUAGACAGAAAAGAUAGAAGAAGAUUUCAUCAUAUCCAGCAUCAUAUUUCAUCAUCCUGAUUG